UAGGUUGGCAACAAAUACAAAAUUAAAAUUAAUAAAUCAAACAAUUGCAUUAAAACCCAUUACUUCUACUUCAAGUCUUGAAUUCUAUAGUGAAUUCUGAAAUACCGGUAAUGAAAUUUGGGCCCCAGAUGCCUUGAAAAUACCCCGUUAUUGGCUCAAGUGACAUAACCUCAAAAAUAAAAAACGUGCUCUAGCUUGGCCCUACCACUGAACACAAUGGGCAAAAAAGGCAAAGACAAGAAGAAGGGCAAAGGGGCCGAGAAAACCGCCGCCAAAACGGACAAAAAACAGUCAAACAAGCUCAAAAAAGAGUUGCAAAAACUUGGAGAAGAAGACAUUGAGACUAUCGUGUCCCAAAUCGAGAAAGAGGAGAAGAAGCGCCAACAAGUGUCCGAGAGUGUCAUCGGGGCCCCCACGCGCCGCCUCAACUUCACCCUCAUCCCUCACCCCGACAAGGAGCAGCUGAUCUUGUACGGGGGCGAGUUUUACAACGGCCAAAAAACGUUCGUCUACAACGACUUGUUCUUCUACAACAUUCCCAACAACACAUGGACUGUUGUCAAGGCCCCUGCGGGGCCUCCGCCCCGCUGCAGCCACCAGAUGGUGGCCACGUCGGCCAAUAAGGGCCAGUUGUGGCUGUUUGGAGGCGAGUUUGUGAGCCCCUCCCAGGCCCAGUUUUACCACUACAGGGACCUGUGGGUGUACCACCUGGGGGCCAAACAGUGGGAGAAGAUCAUAGCCCCCAAUGGCCCCAGUGCCCGGAGCGGGCACCGCAUGGUUUAUGUUAAAAAAAAUCUAAUUGUCUUUGGGGGGUUUCAUGAUAAUUUGCGGGACUAUAAAUAUUUCAAUGAUGUUUAUUGUUUUAAUACGGAGAGUUAUAAGUGGACGAAGUUGGAGCCGGGAGGCACGCCGCCGGCCCCCAGGUCGGCCUGUUGCAUGGUCCCCCUGAAUGAUGGGCGAGUCUUGAUUUAUGGGGGCUAUAGUAAGGAGAAAAUUAAGAAAGAUGUGGAUAAGGGGCAUGUUUUCACCGAUUCGUUUCUGCUGACACCGGAAAAAAACGACACAACUGGGACCAAAUGGAAGUGGGUGCAAGUCAAGCUCGGGGGUUCCCAUUUUUCGCCCCGCUGUAGCAUGCCCAUGACCUCCACACCCAACAAUACCAUGGCGUAUUGCUAUGGUGGUGUUUUCGAUGUUGAAGAAGACGACGAAAAUUUAGCGGGGGUUUUCUACAACGAUUUUUUUUCGCUCGAUUUGGAGAAACUUGUUUGGCGAAAUGUUACAAUUUCGGGGAAGAACAAGAAUAAAGAAAGUAAAAAAGAAGAAAUUGUUGGUGAUGUUGAAAUGGAAGAAGAAAAGACAGUUGAGCCAACUACCAUUUCAGACGAUGGUGUUUUUAAAGUCACUGUUGGCCCGUCUUUGGUUGGCAGUACUGAUAAAACCAUUAACAGUUGUGAAAUUAUGGUUUUUCAACCAUCACCACGUCUUAAUUGUGGUUUGGCGAUUAAACAUGGGGUUUUGUUCUUGUAUGGGGGUAUGUUUGAAGAUGGGGAUAAACAGGUCACUUUUAGUGAUUUUUAUUCGAUUGAUUUGAAAAAAUUGGAUGAGUGGAAGGUUUUAAUUCGGGAUGAUACAGCAAAUCAAGAGUGGUUUGGCUCUGAUGAUGAGUCAAAUGAUGGACAAGAGGAGGAGGAAGAAAGUGAAGAUGGGGAAGAAGAUGAGUCUGAUGAUUCGGAAAUGGAAACUGAUCAAUAAAUUAAAGUGUUUGUAACAAUAAAAUUAUUUCUUUCUA